ACUGCUUAGUUCCUUUGACCAGGAAGAGAAGUGUGCAGCAGCAGCAGGAUGGCAGCUCGCUGCUGGGAAAAGCUGCAGGAGCUGACCCAGAAGUACAAGGAGUUUGUGGUCCAGAACCCUUCGGGGGCCACACAGGUGGAGGGGGCUGUGCGCAUGCUCUCCUACCUCAUUGCAGGACGCUUUACAGAUUCCCAUGAGUUGUCAGAGCUGGUUUACUCCUCCUCCAGUCUCCUGGGUAUACUCAAUGAUGGGAUCCUAAGGAAAGAAUUUCUUAAACCACCACCAACUGAUGCCGCCCAGCAGCGUCUUAAAAUCUGGCUGGGAGUCUUGGAAAGCCUGGAGGUUUUCAUAGAAAUUGGAUCUGCUCGUGCAUGGGGGGAUAAAAUAAGAUGGGCGGCCAUACUGGUUAUACAGCUGCUGAAGGCCUGUCUCCGUAUUGUGCUGCUCCUGUGGUAUAAGUCCGGUAUCCAGACCUCCCCCCCUGUCACUCCGAUAGACCGUGAGGCGGUCAUGAACCAAACAGGUGAGGAAAGCGAUGAAAAGCAAGACACCUGUUUUGUGGGCAGCCGCUCCAGCCGCGCUGUGCGCUCCCUCAGUGACACUCCCUCUGGCCGUAAUCGUUUUUGGAGAAGCCCGCAGGUCUCAGAGCAGAGGAAGGAAGGGCGCAAUGAAGAGAAUGGGAAACCUACAGAUCUGGGGACGCUGGGCACCAUAGCCGAAACAGUUCACGUCCUGAGACCUGUUACACACCUGGCGAGCUUGGCCGUAUGGGGUCAGAAAUCGUGGAAACCGUGGUUGAUGGCUGCUGGAUUGGAUAUUGCCAGCCUGUCCGUUCUGCGUGACAUCCACCCUCUGAGCCGCAGGGAGCGAGGAGAGCUGAGGAGAAGGACCCUGCUUUUAAUUUAUUACUUGCUUCGUUCCCCUUUUUAUAAUCGUUACACUGAAAUUCGCCUGCUCCUCCUCCUACGUCUCUUGGGAGACUACGUCCCAGGGCUCGGACUGGUGGCACGGCCUCUGAUCGACUACCUACCUGUGUGGCAGAAGAUUUACUUCUACAACUGGGGUUGAAGGACUCUCGGGGUUCAUCUGGACUCUUCUUUGCUCCUCGGUCGGACACUAGGAUUACAGAGUAUACUGUGUUACCAGCAUGUCAAUAUGGCACCAUCACGGCUCAGAAGGGAUGAUUGGGACAUGAAAUCUGGAUUUUUCAAUAAUAAACUGUGACUAUAUUUCUUAGGCCUCCUGCACACGAACGUGUGCGCCCCGUGGUCGUUCUGCGGCCCACAAAUUGCGGGCCGCAAUGCAGAAACACCACAGAGAAUCGCAGACCCAUUCACUUGCAAUGCACGAACAC